CUUUUUCGGCGCCGCUCCCCUCCGAAACCCCUCCGAUGGCAGCAACUUUGACUCUGACUUUGAGCUUUUUUUAUGAGGGGCGCCGGUUUCUUAUCUUUUGGCCGAGUGUCUCAAUUGUCCACAUCUCCAUCUUGGGUCUCUGUUUUCUACCUUGACUACGUAAACAUCACCAUUCAUUGUUACGCUUCAGCCCGCAAAUCACGAGCCAUCGCUACAUCGAACAAUUGAAUUGACCUCUUCGUUUUCUACUUUCGCACCCUCCUUGUCUCUGCCCCUCCUCCUUACUUCGCCAUCAUGGCUGCCAACGGCGCUCAAGGCGCUCCCGAUUCUACGCAUACGCAAUCGCAACGAUACCUCAGCACCCGCGGUGAAGACGCUGACCUCUCCUUCGAAGAAGUCGUUCUCAAGGGUCUUGCAACCGACGGCGGCCUCUACAUUCCCGAACAGAUCCCUUCUGCUUCCAACUGGCAAUCAUGGAAGGAUCUCAGCUUUGAAGAUCUCGCCUAUGAGAUCCUCUCUCUCUACAUCUCUCCUAGCGAAAUCCCCGCCGACGAUCUCAAGGAUAUCAUCAAGCGAAGUUACUCUACAUUUCGAAGCGAAGAGACCACACCGCUGGUCCACCUGAAAGACAACCAUCAUCUGUUGGAGCUGUUCCAUGGCCCAACAUUUGCGUUCAAGGACGUUGCGCUGCAAUUUGUUGGCAACCUCUUUGAGUACUUCUUGGUCCGCAAGAACAAGGGCAAGACUGGCAAGGACCGUCAUCAUCUUACCGUCGUUGGAGCCACAAGUGGUGAUACUGGCUCUGCCGCCAUCUAUGGCCUCCGCGGCAAGCAGGAUGUUUCCGUCUUCAUCAUGUUCCCUACCGGCCGUGUCAGCCCUAUCCAGGAGCUCCAAAUGACUACGGUCCCCGAUAAGAAUGUCUACAACCUAUCUAUCGGUGGCACAUUCGAUGACUGUCAGGACAUCCUGAAGCAGCUGUUCGCUGAUGACGACAUGAACUCUACCCUCAACCUUGGUGCCGUCAACUCCAUCAACUGGGCUCGCAUUCUGGCUCAGAUCACAUACUACUUCUACUCUUAUUUUGCCCUUGCAAAGAAGCCCGACUCCAACUUCAAGAUCGGCGACAAGGUCCGCUUUGUUACCCCUACCGGCAACUUUGGUGACAUCCUUGCUGGUUACUUCGCCUUCCGUAUGGGUCUUCCCGUCGACAAGCUCGUCAUUGCUACCAACGACAAUGAUAUCCUUGACCGAUUCUGGAAGACAGGCAAGUACGAGAAGAGCGCUGAGGCCGAGGGCGGCGUUAAAGAGACCCUCAGCCCUGCCAUGGAUAUUCUGGUUUCCAGCAACUUUGAGCGUCUCCUGUGGUUCCUUGCCUACGAAUUUGCAGCCACAGCCGGUAUGGAUGACGUUUGGAACAAAAAGCAGGCUGGUCAAGAGGUCUCCAGAUGGCUCAAGCAGCUCAAGGAUACCGGUUCUUUCGGCCCUGUUUACCAAGACAUUCUUGCUAAUGCUCAGCGCGACUUUGAGUCUGAGCGUGUGUCUGAUGCCCAAACUCUCGAGACCAUCCAGUCGUUCUACCGCAGUGUUGGAUACGUUCUUGACCCUCAUUCCGCUGUUGGUGCAGCUGCCACGCUCCGCUCUGUUGAGCGCGCCCCUGGUGUACCUCAUAUCUCACUGUCGACAGCACACCCUGCCAAAUUUGCCGGUGCUGUUGAAGUUGCACUGAAGGACGAGCCAAACUUUAACUUUGAGAAACAGGUCCUCCCUGCCGAGUUUGUGGGACUUGACAAGAAGGAGAAGCGUGUGGCGGUUGUUGACAAUGACUGGAAGGUGGUGCGCGAGCACGUCAAGGCUCAGGUUGCUAAGGAAUUGGCCGAGCAGUAAGCUGCUGCUGCUUCACGUAUUGUAUUUAGAGGCGAGAGAGAGUAAUGAAUGCAUAGACAGCGAUAGGUUGGGGGACAGAACUGAAAAUCGCGACUGAUUAUAUACCUGGAUAAUGACAAAAAAAGGUUUAUUUUAUUUCACAUCUUUUCUUUUACAUGUGUAGCCAAUGAAGAGGAGAAGCACAUAACUGGUCUUUAGAUUCAAAGUAUGAGUCUCAUUAGCAAUAAGAGUUUGUUUAGAUGGUUGUUUGUUCUAUAAUCAACAGGUGGAAGCCAGAUACCGCGGCUUGGUGAAUAAAUACAAGUAGAAAACGCCGACACUGAUGCAAAAGUAGAUUCCAGGGAACAAGGGAGACGCACGAAAACUGCGCGCUCAAGCAUCUUGGUUCUCGUCCAUUGUCUUGAUCCUGUUUUUGAUGAAUUCAAAGGACGAGAAGAAGAUGGCGUUGACGACACAAGACCGGCUCAUGGAUACGGCAAGGCCACGAUACAUUUGCUUUUUGAAGAACUGUAUCGGCGACGGCUCUACCUUUUCGCCUCGGGCGUGUAGCAAGGCGUUUCUCUGGUAGAUGCUCUUGGCGGAAUCAAUA